AUGUCUAUUACUAUACUGUUUAUAUUUUUUGAAAUAGUAAACGUUCAAUCUGAGAGGGAAUAUCAGGCAAUAGUGAAUGCAAGGCAGAAUCCAUAUCAUAGCCAAAAUUCGCAAUCAUUCCAACAAUCACGGGAUGAUGGUGCUCUCAGUGUGAUUUCAGGAUAUCAACAAUCCAUCGAUCGUUAUGAUCCAACAACAACUACGGCCUGUAAUCCUGGUGACAUAGCACCAACUGGUGAUGAUUGCGCUGCUUUUUAUGAAUGUAUCAAUGGACAUUACAAAUUGCGCUUUUGUCCAAGUAACACAUUCUUCAACCCAACAUUGAAGCGUUGUCAUGCGAACUACGUUUGUCCCAAACGAACAUAUGAAUCGCCAACUUCUCCGCUACCACCCUGCAAGUAUGGUGAAUUGCGGGCUGAUGCAACAAGCUGCCGGAAUUACUACUCCUGUGCUGAUAAUGAUCGUCAUUUCGAACGUCGAGUCUGUCCUGAUGGUAAGAUAUUCAAUCGUACGCUGAAUCGAUGUGUCUCUCAUGCCGCGGGAAACAAAUGUCAACAAUCAAUUCAACAUGAUUUUGAAUCGAGAAAUAUUGCUAUGGGAUUAGCGUGCACUGAAAGUAGUGAUUCAUCAGGCUAUAAUGCUGAUCCAACCGAUUGUCGACGAUAUUAUCAAUGCGCGCAGGGACGAUGGAUUAGGAUGCAAUGUCCCAGUAAUUUGGUAUGGAAUCCGGCAGCAACAGUUUGUGAUUGGCCCAAAAAUACAUUACUUUCCUGCCAUUGA